GGAAAAUUUAGUAAUUUUUUGAAACUUUUUAUAUGCUUUCCCUUCACGAACGUCUCUGAAUAAUUAAUUUUUGUACAUCUCAGACCAGCAGAUUUUAUAAAAGAUAUCACCAUAUCAUCUGGGCAGAAAGCUUAAAUAGCCAAGAAGGUCUCCUUUGUGACUUCGAAAGCAUUCUUAUUGAGAUUGAAUAAAAUUGUCAUGCUAAAAGAUUAGAAAAGUGUCAGAAUUCAGCUAAGGUAUCUAAAAAGUUAUAUCCUACCAUUUCCAUUGGGAAGGAUGACCAAGGCAAGAUAUGAACUCUCUUUCAUUCAUGAAAUCCAAGUCUUAGCAAGAUGUUAUCCCACGUUUCUCUUCAGUAUCAGUUUCAGUUUUCUCUAGUUAUGAGCUAGUCUAGUCAGUAUUCCUAAAAUAUGUUCAUACCUCUGUAUCAGAUCACUGAAAGAGAGAUCCUGGUAGUCUGUUAUAGCCCAUUGAGUUCGUGAGAAAGGUACCACCUUAAAAGGUAGAAGCAGCAGAGGCUUAGAAUAUGUAGGUCUAUUAGAUGGAUUUAGAGGGAAUGUUAAGAUAGUUCUGUGCCGAAACAAAGCAAGGGUUUCAA